AUGCCACACGGUGGUGAUAGUGGUGGUGAUGUUGCCGGUGCUCCAUCACCCGCGCAAUACCCGUCCCUCCCCGCAACCUUUGCGGCCAAAAAGUCGCGGAUCCUCGCAGACCUCGACCAACCCGAGGGUGCGUACUCGGACAAUUCGCCCAAGGGUACGGUGGACGCGCAGAUCCGCGACCUGAUCGACGAGAUCAAUCGGUACGAGGGGCUCGUGACGACGAGUAGUUGCGCGGGCAGGGUUGCCGUGUUUGUCGAGGGGCCAAGGGUCAAAGGGCGUGGCGAUGACCGCCAAGAUGGCGGGGGUGAUGAGGACGAGGUAGAGACGUGGGCGGGGCAGGAUGGGCAGCGAGGCGGAGGACGUGAGGCAGCACGAGAAGAAGGGGGAGGAGGUGGAGAAAGUCUGAGCGUGGAGGUAAGCGGUAGGGUAGGAAGGGAGAAGACAAUGACGACCUCAACGUCUCCAGGAGGCAAAGGCGGAGGACGCUGGCUUUAUGUCUCGCAUGAUCCUAUUCCUAUCCCUGUCCCUCCUAUACGGAUCGCCAAUGCCACUGCCACCGCAACCACCCCUGCCGACGUCGUUCGGAGCACGGAUGAAGCAGCGAACCCAGCAGCAACCGAGCCGAAGCAAGAAUACUUUUCCAACCUCUUCCACCUGGGUAGCCCAUCACGCUCAUCGCCGUCUUCUUUCCCAGCAUCAUCUCCCCCUCUGGCAUCUCGACCAACACCAUCCCUGACCCUAUCCCUCCUGUCCCCCACGGACCAACCGCCCCAGCUGAUCCACCUGACAUUCUCGCCGCUGAUCCUGCACGUCCACUGCGCGACGCUCCGGCAUGCCCGCCAUGUGCUGGCGGCGGCGGUGAACGCGGGGUUCCGGGAGAGCGGGGUGCAGAGUCUGCGCGCGCUGGACGACGCCGAACACGGCGUCAUGGUUGCCGUGAGGACGGCCGGGCUGGCCUUUGAGACAGUCGUGGGUGUUGUUACCCGAGCACUUCGGGAGGAGACAAUCACCUCUCCUGCGGGCGGUGGGCGGGAAAGGGAAAGUCAGAGCGAGGUGGUGAUGCACAGGGUCGUGAGUGAGGAGUACCUCGCCCUGUGCGCCGCGGUGGUCAACGAGCGGUUCGCGUGGAAUGUCGAGCGUAGGGAACGCUUUCGACGCGAGCUGAAGAGGACGAUGGGCAGGGAGGGAUCGAGUCCCGAUGCAACCCGUGAGAAUAAGACCCGACCUGAGUGGGAAGGCAAGGAACAGCGCAGGAGGCGGAAGAGACAAGAAGGGCUCGAGAAGCAGAGGAUCAAGAACGAAAAGGACACGACGAACAUCACGGCAAGGUAUCGAAACGAGGUCGAGGUGGAGGAGCUGGAUCAGGAUCUCUCAAUGCUGGACCUUGAUUGA